CUUGGCCAUCAGAAGAUCUCUGAAUUCUUCAGCAAGCAAGGCUCUCUCUCUCUCUCUCUCUCCAUAGAAGAUAAUAGUAAUGGGUAGUUCUGGUCUUCCAUUUCCUGUAACCCACCAGAAGCUCUCGCUUGAUAUCAAGUGAGUCGGUCGAUAAUGGAUGACUGCUUUCCCAAAGCGAUGGUGUCGGUUUGGAUGUUGAUGGGCCAAGGGUAUACCCGAGCCAAACCGACCUGUGAAUGCCCUAGUGGAAAUAAAACGGAUUUAGUCAUUUGUAGCUACGAUGAUCAUUUUCUUGUUAUUGCAACUCAAAUAGGAAGUAUGGGGACAAUACUGCAUGCCAGGAAAGAGGAAGGGAUGUUAAUUCAACCAACCUUCAAUGUCUCUGUUAUAUGCGGUAAACGAGAUGAGCCAAUGCUAGUGGCAUGUGCUCGUCAGCUGAUUGAAAACAUAAGGAAACAUUGAAAGGCAUCGUUCAUGCCGUGGUUGAGAAUCGCCUCUGGUAACUUCAUGCAUCAAGUUUUCAUUGCGCUUUGUUUAUCGAAGCAAUCUACAUUCUCUGCACCCUUGUAAUGUAGACCUUAUUGUCUCGGGACAGACAUGAAAUUAAAAUUGGAAAGAAGAAUUUAGCAUUUCUUUUUCAUCUUCUCUUUGUAAUAGUGUAUUGUAAUUUGGACUUGUUCAUCCUGGAAUGAACUAACCUCCAUUGUUUUGUGAAUUUGGAGUAUCUAACUAAAUUUUGUUUUCCC